UUUGUAUCAGGCAUAGGAAAAGUUUGCAGCUUAAAGUAGAGUAGAUAAACGCUUACAAUGUGUGAACGCGAAUCGGACUGUUACAAAAAGUACCAAGAGUGGGAGAAUAAUGAAGAGAUCAAAAUAUUCCGUGAAUAUUUGCGUAUUCCUACGGUGCAUCCAGAUGUGAAUUACGAUGAUUGCGUUGAAUUUCUACGGCGCCAAGCGGAGUCCCUGGAGCUCCCGGUGCAGGUGAUCGAGGUAAACCCCCGGAAACCGAUCGUAAUUAUAACAUGGGUAGGUACGGAUCCCGCGGAGAAGUCCAUCAUUUUGAACUCGCACAUGGACGUGGUCCCGGUGUAUCAGGAAAUGUGGAGCCAUCCACCGUUCGCUGCCGAUAUGGACCACGAGGGAAAGAUCUUCGCCCGCGGUGCGCAGGAUAUGAAGUGCGUUGGAAUGCAAUUUCUCGGUGCAAUCAGGUUAUUGAAACGGGAUGGGGUAAGACUGAAGAGGACUAUCCAUGCAACGUUCGUCCCGGAUGAGGAAAUCGGUGGAAAACUGGGAAUGAUGGAGUUCGUUCAUAAGGAGGGCUUCCGAAAGUUGAACUGUGGAUUCGCGAUCGACGAGGGCAUCGCUGGUCCUGAUGAGGAGUAUCCACUGUUCUACGGAGAGCGAAGCGUGUGGCAUGUCUUGUUCCAUAUCUCGGGCACCCCGGGCCAUGGGUCUUUGCUCUUGAAGGGUACAGCUGGUGAGAAGGCACGCUACCUCAUCGAUAAACUGAUGGAUAUGCGUGAACAAGAGGUAAAGAAGUUGGAAAACAAUCCAGAAUUUACGAUCGGAGACGUUACGACGGUCAACAUCACUAUGAUGUCGGGUGGAGUUCAAAGCAACGUCGUUCCUCCAGAAUUGAUGGUAUGCUUCGACAUUCGCCUCGCCGUUGAUGUAAAACAUUUGGAAUUUGAGAACCAGCUUCUGGAUUGGUGUCGAGAGGCCGGCGGAGGUAUCGAACUAGAGUACGACCAGAAAGCUCCGUUCGUGAAACCAACCACCUUGGACGGAUCUAAUCGCUACUGGGUGGCCUUCAAGGAUGCUCUGGAUGAACUGGGCCUCCAGGUCAAGCCACAAAUCUUCCCCGGUGGAACAGACAGCCGAUAUAUCAGAGGCAUUGGAAUCCCCGCCAUUGGAUUCUCCCCCAUGAAUCACACCCCUGUCCUGCUGCAUGAUCACGACGAGUUCCUUCAAGCCGAUACCUAUUUGAAGGGUAUCGAUAUCUACAAAACGAUCAUUGACAAAGUUGCCAACGCUUAGGAAGGUGAUACUAAUAAAAACCAUUUAACUAUUUA